AUGGCCCGCGUCUCUGACCAGGAGGAAGGACCUGGCGGGGGACACAGUGAGUUCAGCGACAUCAUUAAGUCCAGAUCAGAUGAACACAAUGAUGUACAGAAAAAGACCUUUACGAAAUGGAUAAAUGCUCGGUUUUCCAAGAGUGGGAAGCCCCCAGUUAAGGACAUGUUCACAGAUCUGAAAGAUGGAAGGAAGCUUUUGGACCUUUUGGAGGGUCUGACGGGGAAACCUUUGCCUAAAGAACGAGGUUCCACACGAGUACACGCCUUAAAUAAUGUCAACCGAGUACUACAAGUCUUGCAUCAGAACAACGUGGAGUUGGUGAAUAUUGGAGGAACUGACAUUGUUGAUGGAAAUCACAAGCUGACGUUGGGGCUGCUGUGGAGCAUUAUCUUGCACUGGCAGGUGAAGGAUGUCAUGAAGAACAUCAUGUCAGAUUUGCAGCAGACCAACAGCGAGAAGAUCCUGCUGAGCUGGGUUCGGCAGUCCACGAGACCUUACAGUCAGGUCAAUGUUCUGAACUUCACCACGAGCUGGGCAGAUGGACUCGCCUUUAAUGCUGUCAUCCACAGGCACAAACCUGAGCUUUUCAGUUGGGAUAAAGUUAUAAAGAUGUCCCCAGUUGAGAGACUGGAACAUGCUUUCAGCAUAGCCAAGAACCACUUGGGAAUUGAGAAACUGUUGGAUCCUGAAGAUGUUGCUGUACAGCUUCCAGACAAAAAGUCUAUUAUUAUGUAUUUAACCUCUUUGUUUGAGGUCCUUCCUAAGCAAGUCACUAUGGAAGACAUCCGGGAGGUGGAGACCCUUCCAAGGAGAUAAUUGGAAUGUGAGGAUGGGGAGUUUAACAUGCAGCAGGCUGUAGCACUUGAAGAGGAGCAGGGCAGUUCUAGAGCAGAGACUCCCAGCACGGUGACAGAGGUGGAUAUGGACUUGGAUAGCUACCAAGUUGCCCUGGAAGAAGUUCUUACAUGGUUGCUGUCAGCUGAGGAUGCGUUUCGGGAACAGGAGGAAAUAUCUGGUGAUGUUGAGGAAGUCAAAGAGCAAUUUUCCACCCAUGAAGGUUUUAUGAUGGAACUGACUGCGCACCAGAGCAGUGUAGGCAGUGUUCUGCAGGCUGGAAACCAACUGGUGGCCCAGGGAAAUCUGUCACCUGAAGAGGAAUUUGAGAUCCAGGAGCAAAUGCUGCUGCUGAACUCCCGCUGGGAGGAGCUCAGGGUGGAGAGCAUGGACAGGCAGUCCCGCCUGCAUGACAUGCUGAUGGAGCUCCAGAAGCAGCAGUUGCAGCAGUUGUCUGACUGGCUGACGGUGACAGAAGAACGCAUUCAGAAGAUGGAAUCUCAGCUUUUAGCGGAAGAUUUGGAGUCCCUUCAAAAACAGCUGGAAGAACAUAAAAGCCUGCAGAGUGACCUAGAGACAGAACAGGUGAAGGUAAACUCUCUAACACACAUGGUUGUCAUUGUUGAUGAAAGCAGUGGGGAAAGUGCGACAGCUAUUCUGGAGGAACAAUUGCAGAGGCUUGGCGAGCGGUGGACAGCGGUUUGUCGCUGGACUGAGGAACGCCGGGUCAAGUUGCAAGAAAUUCAGCUUUUAUGGCAGGAGCUGCUGGAAGAGCAGUGCUUAUUGAAAGCUUGGUUAACUGAGAAAGAAGAAGCUUUGAGUAAGGUUCAGACGAGCAACUUUAAAGAUCAAACAGACCUGAGUGUGAAUGUUCGAAAACUAGCGAUUUUGAAAGAGGACAUGGGUAUGAAACGGCAAACACUAGACCAGCUGAAUGAGCUGGGUCAGGAUGUGGCCCAGAUCCUUGGGCAUGGCAGAGCAUCUAGUAAAAUUGAUCAGGAUCAAGAAGAACUAACUCAGAGGUGGGACAGUUUGGUUCAGAAGCUAGAGGAUUACUCUAACCAGGUAACUCAAGCUGUAGGAAACAUAGGGAUGUCACAGGUUUCACAGAAGACUGCUGCAGAAACACUACCAUUGAAGGAACAGGUAGUGGUUAAACAAUCCAGACAGGAAUUGCCCCCACCACCACCCCCAAAGAAAAGGCAAAUCCCAGGGGACAGUGAAGCAAAGAAAAAGUUUGAUGCUGCAAGUGCUGAGCUCUUGGACUGGAUUUCAAAAUCAAAAUCUGCUAUUCAGGCUACAGACAUCACAGAGUACAAGAAGAUGAGAGAGACUGCAGACAUAAAAGAAAAGUUGAAGAUGAUUGAAAAAGAAAGAGUUGAAAAAAGCCAAAAGCUAGAAGAACUGAAACGAAGUGGACAUAUGCUUUCGGAUCAAAUGGGAAAGGAGGGACUUUCUACAGUGGAUAUAAAAACUGUGAUGGAGAAGAUAUUGGCAGGGUGGAAAGAUGUGGUUCAACAUCUGGAAGAAGGGGCGAGAAAGAUAAAGUACCAGGAAGAUAUAAAUGCUUGUUUUAGGGAAAUGAGUGAGCUUGAGAAGACUAUACUUGAGAAGGACGGCUGGCUUAGAAACAACGCUUCUUUAGCAUCCCAGCCCUCAGCAGUCCUGAAAGACUUAUGUCAGCGGGAGUUAACUCAUCUUGUAAGCCUGAGUCCACGGGUGGAACACCUGAAAGCCACCUGCAAAGCACUCUCCUCUCAGCCCAUGCCUCCAAGCUUCAUUCAGGAGAGCUUGAAUGCUUUUCUUGAUCUCUUCAAGCUGACUCAUCAGAAAUUAGAGGAACAUCACCAGCAGCUGAAGAAAGAGAUGGAAAGUCAGCCGAGCCAGGACUACGUGGCCUCCCUGCAGAGGCUGAAGGACACUCUGAGCGAGCUGGAGCGCAAGCAGCCGUCCAUCGCCAGCGGGCUGAGCGAACCCAGUAAGGUUGAGAAGGCCCUGCAGCAGGCGAAGACUGUUUGUGAGACACUGGAAGCCCAGAAGCCCAGGAUAGAUAAACUUGCUGAAGAAACAAAGGCUUUGGAGAAACAUGGUUCUUCUGACAUCAAAAAGGUCUACAUGCAAGAGUUCAAGCAUGUGCAGGGACACUGGGACAAGUUAAAGCUCAAGUUUUCCAAAGAUGUUAAACUACUGGAGGAAAUUACAUCAAAGUUGAGAAUUUUUGAGGCUGAUUCAAAAGUCGUUCAGAAGUGGAUGGAUGGUGUGAAAGACUUCUUAAUGACAGAAAAGACCGUUCAAGGAGAUACCGAAGGACUUCAAAGACAACUUGACCAGUGCACAAUGUUUGUCAAUGAAAUGGAGAAAAUUGAACCAUCACUGAAAGAGAUGAAAGAAGUAGAGUCUGCUUUAAGAGCUCAGCCUAUUGCAAGCAUAAAUACUUGGGCAAAGUCUAGGCUAGUAGACUGCCAGACUCAAUGGGAGAAACUGAGCAAACAGAUUGUUAGUCAGAAAAAUCGCCUGUCUGAAAGUCAGGAAAAAGCUGUAAAUCUGAAAAAGGAUUUGGCAGAGAUGCAAGAAUGGAUGACCCAAGCUGAAGAAGAGUAUUUGGAGAAAGAUUUUGAAUACAAGUCCCCUGAAGAGCUAGAGAAUGCGGUGGAGGAAAUGAAGAGAGCGAAGGAGGAUGUGUUGCAGAAAGAGGUGCGGGUGAAGAUUCUCAAAGACAACAUCAAGAUGUUGGCCACCAAAGUGCCGUCUAGCGGUCAGGACCUGGCAACCGAGCUGAACGUCGUGCUGGAGAAUUACCAGCUACUCUGCAAUCGGAUCCGGGGGAAGUGCCACACUUUGGAGGAGGUGUGGUCAUGUUGGAUUGAGCUGCUUCAGUAUCUUGAUUUAGAAACAGGUUGGCUAAACAAUCUGGAAGAAAGGGUGCAAAUGACGGAAAAUCUGCCUGAUAAAUUGGAUGCUGUCAAUGACGCUCUUGAGGCCCUGGAAUCCGUCCUGCGUCAUCCAGCUGAUAAUCGAACCCAGAUUCGGGAACUUGGGCAGACACUGAUUGACGGAGGGAUUCUUGAUGAUAUCAUCAGUGAAAAAUUGGAGGCUUUCAAUGCCCGCUAUGAGGAAUUGAGUCACUUGGCGGUGAGCCGGCAGAUUGCCUUGGAACAGCAGCUUCAGACCAUGCGAGAAACUGACCACAUGUUGCAGGUCUUGCAGGAAAACUUAGCAGAGCUGGAUAGACAGCUGACAUCUUACCUGACUGAUAGGGUAGAUGCCUUUCAGAUGCCUCAGGAGGCCCAGAAAAUUCAAGCUGAGAUUGCAGCUCAUGAAUCCACCUUAGAGGAGCUCAAGAAAAGUGCUCGUACUUUCCCUCCUGCUUCUCCUGAGUGCAGGUCUCCCCGUGGUGGAACUCAGUUGGAUGCUUUGCAGAGAAAAUUUCGUGAAGUAUCUACAAAGUAUCAGCUUUUCCAGAAACCAGCCAAUUUUGAGCAGCGCAUGUUGGAUUGCAAGCGGGUGUUGGAUGGUGUAGAAGCAGAACUUCAUGUCUUGGAUGUGAGGGAUACUGAUCCAGAUGUAAUCCAAGCUCAUCUGGACAAGUGCAUGAAACUCUAUAAGACCCUCAGUGAGGUGAAAUUGGAGGUUGAAACAGUCAUCAAGACAGGAAGGCAAAUUGUACAGAAGCAACAGACAGAUAAUCCCAAAGGGAUGGAUGAACAACUGACAGCAUUGAAAUUUCUUUACAAUGACUUGGGGGCACAGGUGACAGAAGGAAAACAAGACCUCGAAAGAGCAUCUUACCUGGCACGUAAAAUGAAGAAAGAUGCUGCCUCUUUGUCAGACUGGCUAGCCACCAUUGAGGCUGAGCUCGUGCAGAAGUCUGCUUCAGAGAGCUUGCUUUCUGAUCUAGAUUCAGAAAUUGCCUGGGCCAAA